AUGAGACACACCAGGCUGAAAGAGACAGGAGAGGAAGGCUUAAACCGGAAUUCAGACUGUGAGAACCUGAAAAGGCCGGGAGGAGGGGCGCGGAGGGCAGCGGCGCGCUCAGGAGGGGAGCGGAAAGGGAGCGCGGGGCGUCAGGGCCCCCGGGUUGCUCACAAGCGGCUUCGGCAGGUGGCCGUGCAGGGUCCCGCCCUCCCCGGGCGCGGCGCGUGCGGGAUCAAAGCUGCCGGCCAGGGGCGGGCCCGGGAGCUGCGGGGAACCGGGGGUGAGAGCGUGGGAGCGCAGGGUCCCCGCUGGCACUUCGUCCUGAAGUCUCUAAGUGUUGACACAUUCUUCCGUCGAGGGUCAUGCUCUUGGUUUGAGAUGCUGAAGCCGUUGGUGGAGAAGCGGCGCCGGGACCGCAUCAACCGCAGCCUGGAAGAGCUGCGGCUUCUACUGUUGGAGAGGACCAGGGACCAGAACCUCCGGAACCCGAAGCUGGAGAAAGCGGAGAUUCUGGAGUUCGCCGUGGGCUACUUGAGGGAGCGAAGCCGGGUGGAGCCCCCGGGGGCUCCCCGGUCCCCAGGCCAGGACGCCGAGGCGCUCGCCAGCUGCUACUUGUCCGGUUUCCGCGAGUGCCUGCUUCGCUUGGCGGCCUUUGCGCACGACGCCAGCCCGGCCGCCCGCUCCCAGCUUUUCUCCGCGCUGCACGGCUACCGGCGUCCCAAACCGCCCAGGCCAGAGGCCGUAGAUCCAGGGCUCCCAGCGCCGCGCCCACCGCUGGACCCUGCUGCACCCAUCCUUGGCCCCGCGCUGCACCAGCGCCCCCAAGUGCACCAGGGCGCCCCUAGUCCCCGCUGCGCUUGGUCCCCAUCCCACUGCUCCCCUCGCGCCCGGGAUUCCGGCGCGCCGGCGCCCCUCACCGGACUGCUGCCGCCGCCUCCGCCGCCUUACAGACAAGACGGGGCGCCCAAGGCCCCGCCACUCCCACCGCCCGCCUUUUGGAGACCUUGGCCCUGA